GUCUGCAGAAGCGGCAGCCUCGGCGGCAGGAGGGAGGGGAGGGCGCAGGAAGGAAGGCAGCCGCCGCGCUCCUCCAAGCACUUGGGGCAAAACUUGAGGCUCGGCCCCCUCCCGCCGCCCCCGCGCGCUCUGCCCUGCUUUGCCCCGGGCCCUUGGCCGGGCGGCGCUGCCUUUUCUCCGCCGGGCUGGGCGGCGAGAGAGCGGGAGCGCAGCCAGCCAGCGAGCUUUCUGCACCAACCAGCCGCACUCCAGGCAGCGGCGGCGGCGUUUGCAAACAGACCUCGGCGGGAGCCGCGCUGCCAUUCGCCCCUGGCGGACUCGGAGCAUCUCCCAUUGGCGACCCACGCUCUGCCUUGAGUCUUUUUUUUUGGAGGGGGGGAUCCAUCGCAUCAACUGGACAGCUGCAUCCCCCUACCCCUCCUUGCCCCCUCCCCAGGCCGGAGAUACAGAUGCGAUCCAGCCCUGCUAAUUCACGUGGGAAGAGGAGCCGGUGACACCGUUUCCCCCAACCCUGCGGGUGCAAGAAUUUGGGGGGCGCAGCUGGACUUUGAGGGGGGGGGGCUCACGCUUGAACUUAACGACCCCCCACCCAGAGGGGGAAAAAAUAAAGAGUGAAGUUCGCAGCUGCCGUUUCUUUUUACCUGCAUUGGGACGCCUCGGAAGCAACAGAGGGAGAGGGGACCGCAGUCUGGUUUCUGCCUCCUCGCUCGCCUGCCUGCCUGCCGCGCAAACGCAGGUAAGGCAGACCCGCACACACCCCAACUGCGGCGGCGAAAGCAAACUCGGGAACGGUGGGCCUGCCGUUCCGCCGAGAAGGAGGACCGGUUUCGUCUCGCCGAGGUGUUUUUAUUUUUUUCCCUACCUACCCCCCUGCAGCCUCCUGACAGCCCGGACCCACACCGUACCACAUUUGCGGGCUGCUUUGUGACCUUGCGCAGAGUUGCGCGCGUUUGAAUUAUAUUCCUCCUCCCUCCCUUUUUUUUUAAAGACGAACCAUCCCCCGGAGAAGGCGCCGCACAUCGAGGGAGACCGGCUCUCGGGAUGGAUUUGGACUCCCUCUCCUGCCGUGCCUGGGAGAUCUCUGGCUGAAAACGACCUGGGAAGCUCUCUACCCGCCAAGCCCCCCCCCCCCCCUCAAUCUGUUGACACUGCCACGGCGGAGCUGGGCUACUGGGGUGCUCCCCCCCCCUCUUCUAUCGAGGAAAGGAUUUGGAUUUCUCCCUCCCUCCCGGAUAGCUCUUUGAAUGAAGCGGUUGACACCCACCCCCCUCCCCUUCCCCUCCGCGUGUGUGCCUGCUGUAUGCGGAGCGCCAGAGCCGGAGACCAGCCAAUUCCACGCUGCCUGCCGGGGGAGGAAGAAGACGAGCCGCGCCAGUCGCCCUGCCAGGCUGGACUAAGGGGGGACCUGCAGGGAAGCGAGGAGGGAGGGGGGCGCUGGAAGAGACGGCGGUCCCCCCACAUCGCCGCGGCGCCUUCCUCUCUCUGGCAACCCCGGCAAAGUGAUUACCGUCCCCUCGCCCGAGCAGAAAAGGGGGAGGAGACGGGGGAGGAGGAAGCGAAGACGCCCCCCCCCCUCCAUCCGAGCUGGCCGAGACGCAUCUUUAAACCCACGGGAAAAAAAAAGGCAGCUACACUUGCCCCGUGAACUGUGAGUGCAGAGCAGCUGCAGGAAGCGAGAGAGGAAGAGGACAGCCGGCGGUGGCGGGGUGUGAUUUGUUUUUUUGGGGGGGUCGCUGCCUUCCUUUUGUCUCUGCCCCCCCCCUUCCACCCAACGCGUCAGAUCAGGAUGAGAGGCGAAGUUUUGGCCGGAGCCGAAGGAUUUUUAUAAUUGGGUUUCUUCACCCCUCGACGACCAGCUUUUUUGGGGGGGGAUUGAAUCCCCCCUCCCUCCGAGGGCUUGCCAAAGGGGAGGGGGCGUUUUCUCGGCCAGGGGGGGCAGCCGGAGCUGCGCUGUGCGGGUGAGGGGCGGUGUGUGUGUGUGGGGGGGUGCCUUUUUUGUGCCGGGGUGUCCGAGGCGGAGAUGUGGAAGAUGCGGACGCUGGUGGGAUCGCUGAAGGGCUGGUGUUGCUGCUGCGGCUUGCUGCUGCUGCUGCCUCCGCCGCUCCGGCUCAGCCUGGCGGCGGCCAAGCAACUGCUCCGCUACCGGCUGGCCGAGGAAGGGCCGGCCGACAUCCGCAUCGGCAACGUGGCCUCGGACCUGGGCAUCGUGACCGGCUCGGGCGACGUGACGUUCAGCCUGGAGUCCGGCUCGGACUACCUGAAGAUCGACAACAUGACGGGCGAGCUGAGCACCACGGAGCGGCGCAUCGACCGCGAGAAGCUGCCGCAGUGCCAGAUGAUCUUCGACGAGAACGAGUGCUUCCUGGACUUCGAGGUGUCGGUCAUCGGGCCCUCGCAGAGCUGGGUGGACCUCUUCGAGGGCCGGGUCAUCAUCCUGGACAUCAACGACAACACGCCCACCUUCCCCUCGCCCGUGCUGACCCUCACCGUCGAGGAGAACCGGCCCGUGGGCACGCUCUACCUGCUGCCCACCGCCACCGACCGGGACUUUGGCCGCAACGGCAUCGAGCGCUACGAGCUGCUGCAGGAACCUGGCGGCGGCGACAGACGGGGCGGAGGGGCCGCCAGCUCGGGGGCCACCUCCGCCGCCUCGGACGGCGCCCUCUACCCCGGGGGUAGCAAGAGGCGGCAGGACACCGACGGCGCCGCCCGCAGCAGCGUCUUCGAGCUGCAGGUGGCCGACACCCCCGACGGGGAGAAGCAGCCGCAGCUGAUCGUCAAAGGGGCGCUGGACCGCGAGCAGCGCGACUCCUACGAGCUGAGCCUGCGGGUGCGGGACGGCGGCGACCCGGCGCGCUCCUCGCAGGCCAUCCUGCGCGUACUGAUCACCGACGUGAACGACAACAACCCCCGCUUCGAGAAGGCCGUUUACGAGGCGGACCUGGCCGAGAACAGCAGCCCCGGCACGCCGAUCCUGCAGCUGCGGGCCGCCGACUCGGACGUGGGGGUGAACGGGCAGAUCGAGUACGUCUUCGGGGCGGCCACGGAGUCGGUGCGCCGCCUGCUGCGCCUGGACGAGGCGUCCGGCUGGCUGAGCGUGCUGCACCGCAUCGACCGCGAGGAGGUCAACCAGCUGCGCUUCACCGUCAUGGCCCGGGACCGCGGGCAGCCGCCCAAGACCGACAAGGCCACGGUGGUGCUCAACAUCCGCGACGAGAACGACAACGUGCCCACCAUCGACAUCCGCAAGAUCGGGCGCAUCCCCUUGCGCGACGGCGUGGCCAGCGUGGCCGAGGACGUGCUGGUGGACACCCCCAUCGCCCUGGUGCAAGUCUCGGACCGCGACCAGGGCGAGAACGGCGUGGUGACCUGCACCGUGGUGGGGGACGUGCCCUUCCAGCUCAAGCCGGCCAGCGAGGGCGAGGGGGAGCCCCAGAACAAGCGCAAGUACUUCCUGCACACCUCGGCCCCCCUGGACUACGAGGCGGUGCGCGACUACAACGUGGUCAUCGUGGCCGUGGACUCCGGCAGCCCCAGCCUGUCGAGCAACAACUCGCUGCUGGUGCGCGUGGCCGACACCAACGACAACCCGCCCGUGUUCAGCCAGGCCGCCUUGGAGGUCUCUUUCCCGGAGAACAACGCCCCGGGCGAGCGGCUGGCCACCGUGCUAGCCACCGACGCCGACAGCGGCAAGAACGCGGAGUUGGCCUACUCCUUGGAGGCGUCCCCGGCCCAGGCGCCCGCCGGCCUCUUCACCAUCGACGCCGACUCCGGGGAGGUGCGGGUGCAGGCGGCGCUGGACCGCGAGCAGCGCGACGCCUACGAGUUCCAGGUGACGGCCCGCGACAAGGGGGUGCCGUCGCUGCAGGGCUCCACGACGGUGCUGGUGCGCGUGGCCGACCGCAACGACAACGAGCCGCGCUUCAUGCAGGACCUCUUCACCUUCUACGUCAAGGAGAACCUGCAGCCCAACAGCCCCGUGGGCAUGGUGACCGUCAUGGACGCCGACAAGGGCCGCAACGCCGAGCUGCGGCUCUCCAUCCAGCCGGGCGAGGCGCCGCCGGGCAUCUUCUCCAUCGAGAACGACACGGGCACCAUCUUCUCCGCCGUCUCCUUCGACCGGGAGCUGCAGACCAGCUACACCUUCAAGGUCAAGGCGGUGGACGGCGGCGAGCCCGCCCGCUCGGCCACGGCCACCGUGUCCCUCUUCGUGAUGGACGAGAACGACAACGCGCCCGCCGUGGCCGCGCCGGCCAACGGCUCCUACACCGUGCUGCCGCCGUCGAGCCACGCGCGCACCGUGGUGGCCGCCGUGCAGGCCCGCGACUCCGACGCCGGCGCCAACGCGGAGCUGAGCUACAGCAUCGUGGGCGGCAACCCCUACCGGCUGUUCGAGAUCGACGGCGCCAGCGGCGUGGUGUCGCUGGUGGGCAAGCUGGCGCCCAAGCACCGCGGCUUGCACCGGCUGGUGGUCCGCGUCGACGACGGCGGCCAGCCCCCGCAGUCGGCCACGGCCCUGCUGCACGUCUUCGUCAACGAGAGCCUGGCCAACGCCAGCCUGGUGGAGGGCCAGGUGGCCCGCAGCCUGCACACGCCGCUGGCCCGCGACAUCGCCGGCGACCCGGGCUACGAGCUGGGCAAGCAGCGGCUGAGCAUCGUGGUGGGCGUGGUGGCCGGCGUGGUGGCCGUGGUGCUGCUCAUCCUGGUGGUGGUACUGGCCCGCUACUGCCGCGCCAAGGGCCAGCGCGGCGGCUACGAGGCCGGCAAGAAGGACCGCGAGGACUUCUUCGCGCCGCCGGCCCACGACAAAGCCAAGAAGCCCAAGAAGGACCGCAAGGCCAAGAAGGGCGGCGGCAAGCAGCCCCUCUACAGCAGCAUCGUCACCGUCGAGGCGGCCAAGGCCGACGGCGCCCGCUACGACGGCGUGCACGAGAAGCUCUCCGCCGACAGCCCGGCCCUCAGCCGCUACCGCUCCGUCAACGGCGGGCCCGGCAGCCCGGACCUGGCCCGGCACUACAAGUCCAGCUCGCCCCUGCCCACCGUCCAGCUCCACCCGCAGUCGCCCACCGCCGGCAAAAAGCACCAGGCCGUGCAGGACCUGCCCCCGGCCAACACCUUCGUGGGCGCGGGCGACAACAUCUCCAUCGGCUCGGACCACUGCUCCGAGUACAGCUGUCAGGCCGGCAGCAAGUACAGCAAGCAGCCAUUUCGUAGAGUGACGUUUUCAGUUGUGAGUCAGCCUCAAGACCCGCACCAAGGGUCAUUGCAGAGUUGCUAUGACAGCGGUCUGGAGGAGUCAGAGACACCAAGCAGUAAGAGCUCUUCAGGCCCAAGGCUGGGUGCCCUUCCACUCCCCGAGGACAACUACGAAAGGACUACGCCGGAUGGCAGUGUUGGUGAGGCAGAGCAUAUGGAAAAUGAUUCAAGACCUUUACCAGAUGUAGCCCUAACUGGGAAGUGCACACGGGAAUGUGAUGAGUACGGCCAUUCAGACUCUUGCUGGAUGCCGGUCCGCACUUCGCCCGAAAGGAAGCCGAAAAGCCAGCCAAAACUCUCAACUUUCAUGCCCGUUGAUGAACGGGGCAGUCAAGAGAAGCUGGCCAAUGGAGAAGCCUCCAUUAUGGGUGAUCGCAACAGAAACCUCCUGAACAAAAAGUUGACCUCAUCCUAUGAGACCUUCAGUGCAUCUAGCUUCAGCAAAAGCGAGGACGCCAACCCAGAGGAUAUUCCCCUCACACAGACCGGGGAAUACAAGCCAUCUCCUGUCAACACUUUAACUAGAAGGGAAGUUUACCUUUAGGCAACAAGGAAGCAACAAAAAUGGUUCUCUCACGUGUAAGAAGGGAAUUUGAAAACAAAAGGCAAAAACCUAUAAAUGGAAACAGUUUAAACUAAAAAAAUAAAGGAAAGUCUAUUGAAAACAAGAGGGGGCUACCAAAGAGACGAAAGCUUGGCUUGCCACUUCUGCCUCCGUGCCAGGCACUUACGUACCCAGUCUGCCUGGCGAUGCUGUACAAUGUAGAAACCAUUGUUGUUCCUGCAUGCCUGAUUCCCCGGCUCACCAAUCUUUCUUUUCCAAAAUUUAUGGUUGUAAAUUCCUUUCAAGGUAAGAAGUCUGAAUUGGAAAGAACCACAGAAACUGCUGUUACCCAAUUUCUGCCCCCCUUCUCCACUGCUGAAGCAAUGUUUAAGCCGCUCUGAUUCCGGUUUGGUGGUCAUUUGGCUCAUUUGGAAGAACACGUUAGGGUUUUUUCCCCACCUUAAACAUGUAUAAAUGUGCAUAUGUGUGUAUGUGUGUUUAUAUGCAUCCAUACAUCCAUACACACACACGUACACACACAUAGAUUCCCCAAAAGAUCAUAUGAGUAUUGCUGGUUCCCAUCAGAGAUGAGCCUUUGGAAACCACAGCAAAAACAUGUAAAGGGAUAACUUUACAAAGCGCUUUGUGAAGAUCUCAGCUUUAAUACAGUCCCGUGGCUGAAAACAGCAGAGAAAAUCUAUUCAGCCUAAAACUACAGUCCAAAACAUAACAUGUUUUCUGUGACCAUGAACUGGGGGUUCAGUUUUAUCCAUAAAAUAACUACUAUCUCAGCUUUCAUCCCUCUUUCUGUCUCAUCCUUUUUCUCUCUACCCAUCCCUCUACACCUCACCCUCAACCCUCAACCCUUUCAGCUUCAUAUAAACAAAGAAUGAUGAUCUGUGUCCUGGCAUACUAAGGAUAAACUGCUCAACUGGUAUCAUUUGUUUUCAAAAGGCCAACUUUUUUAGCUUGGAUGACCACCGUAACUAAAAGGCCAAAGAUUGCACCAUGGAUCAGGGGAAUUGCUUAUUGGUCUUGGUUUAGUCAAUUGGACAUACAGACAUGCACAAACACGUAAACGCAUGUCCCACACACUUUUCCACAGCAACCUAUGCUGCCAGCCUUGAUAAUGUAGUUCUUUUCAAAAUGGAGUUGAGUUGAAUUCCCAAAGGGGACCGGUCAGGUGAGUUCUGUUGGCAAUGCCGUGACACCUCAGAUGCCAUAUUAACAUGACCCUCCAGGUCCAGGGUGUAUUUUCCUUAGAAGUUUUCACAUCCAUACAGGAGGAUGUGCUGAUGAACCACAAAACGUCCUGAGGGGGGAAACUGAACGAAGAGUGCAGCGAGGACAGAGGAAGAACAUGCUUCAUGUCAAGUACGACGCCAUCUUCUUUGAAAGUGGAUGCUGACUCUUGGGUCGUCAACAGUCCAAGUUAACCGUUUGCUCUUGGUGAAGGUAUUAUGCAGGUUUUCUUAAAAAACACAAGUGCAUUUAAACUGAGUCCUGUGCAAUACAAAGCCAAUCACGAGACUCAAAGGUGACCAGGAGUCUUGGUUGAUGUCACUGCCGAUGUGUUCUGUACAAAAUAGUUUUGUUUCAGGCAACUUGUGAAGAAUCCAAAACUGAUCAAUGGGGUUGCAGAGCUCUGGGCGGUGGCAGUUCUCAUAGUUUGCACUAUAUAAGGUGAAUAGGAGAAUGGACCAGGUAUAUUUCGUGCAAUAAGAAGUGAACAGAGUUUGUAGAAUCUGAGCUAGUUCUGUCUUGAGGACCAGGUGGUGGUAAAGAGUGGGUGAGCUUAGACAUUCAAAUGAAACUGACAAUCAGUCUAUGCAGUGGGGACAGCUUGAGAUGUGGUACAAAGAGAAACCGAUCCCUCUGGUUGUUUAACUUGGCAUUAAAGCAUGACUAGAUGGCUCUAGUAGAUUGUAGUCACAAGAUAGCUUUGGGUAAUUUCUUGCUUUAAAAAAAUGACAUAGAAUAUAAUGUUAAACAGUCUGAAAUACAGGUUGAUUGAGAGGUACAAACUCAUCACAACUUUUAUCUUUUGACCCCUCUUCCCAGCAAAGUGCCCUAUUAUUGUCUGUGCAUUUUUCUUAAAAAAAUCUUCUUGCAUUUAUUUUGAAAUUAGUUUGUGUGUAGCAGUUCCAGAUGGGCACACUUUAGAAUCGAAAGAUAUUAAGGAAAAUUCUAAUACACCAUUUUUAAAUUAUAGAGAUGCAAAUUUUGACUUGUAUUAGAGGACUGAAUACAACUGCUACUGUAUUACAUAACUUUUAAGGGACAAAAAUGAUUCUCAAAGUACUUAAGAUAAAAGCUUACACAUUUCCUGCAGAAUUCAACAGAAAACACAAUUGUAUCAUCCCUGUGGCCAACAGAGAUAUUUUUAAAAGUAAAAAUCUAAUUCAUUGAAUAUAUACUUGAGAUCCACUCAAGAAAAGAGCUCUAGAUAAACUUUCUCUCUUUUAAACUGUUUUCUAGAAAGCCAGUACAGGUCAGAGAAUUCACAAUUGAAUUCAUCAUCAGCCACUCCCCAUUUUUUUGCUACAAUACAAGACAAACCAUGUGAUUGAGGAAUUUACCUAAUUUACUCAUAGAGCUGCAAAAAGAUAACAAAACAAACAAUUACAACAUACUUGUUGGUAUUCACAACAAUUCUAGUAAAAUCUAACCACUGAAACAUAGUCAAUUGCUUCUUAUGACCUGGCAUGACACAUAUUUUUGUGGGGAGGGGAGGUUUCCAUUUGAAAUGAAUUAAAUCUGGUGGCACUCCAUAUAUAGAGUGGUUUUGUAAAAAAAAUCAAUAAAAGUAAAAUGAAAAAUUUUAGAGUGAAUGCAAAAUAUGCAACUGUGCCUUUUAUACCUGUUGUUAUGGUAAAAUGGUGGUUGGGGUUAGAAACUGAAGAUUAAUGGGCUAUUCCCACCUUUUUGAACCUGUAUAUUUAACCAUGUUUAUUUUCUGAGAAAUGGAAAAAAAAUGAUAUAUUUGAAGAAGAAAAAAACUUCUACCAAACUCAGAUAAUGGACCAGUCUUAAAUAUCAUUCAUUAUGAAAACCAUGAAAGUGGUUUUAGAAUGGGACAUUUGUCGUCAGACUAGCUGCAUUACCAUUGACUGAGCGAUCCUAAGCAGAUCUACUCAGAAGUAUAUCCCAUUGAUUGAGUGGGACUUACUCCCGGAAAAAGUGUUCUUAGGGUUGCUGCCAGAGCAAUUUUGGAAGAUGUCACAAGUUUGUUUGACAGGAAAAAAACCCUGAUAUUUUGAUAUUCUUUUUGUUUGUUUGCUGUUGGCAGCCAUUUUGUGUUCAUUCCACCAGGCAAGAAUCCUGUUAAUUUUUAUUUAAUCCCACAGGCCAACUGAAAACUACUGUGCAUGCAUUUUACUUUCACACAUUUAUAGACUGACACGUCACGUAACUUUCUCUGAAUUAGAAAAUGUCUGUAUUAACUUCAGUCUAAACUCAUGCUCAUUCCGACCUCCAGAUAUGCUAAUCUUUAGUCAAUAUGAUUUCCGACUGGCCUGCUGCCUGAGUUUCAGAAAACAAGGUAGACAUUAUUUUUCUGUGGGGGAAGAACUCCAAUGCGAGACUGAAGGUGCUUGGCUGAGAGGCUACCCUGGGAAGUUGUCAUAUGGGAAUAUGGGGAAAUGGAGAGGGGAGGGGUUAAAUGAAGCUCCCGUAAAUGCAGUGUCACUAAAGGACUUCUACGUCAAGAGUGGGACAGAUCUGUGAUAAAGAUUGAGUGUUUUCUUAAGUGCUGGCUGAUGGAUGGUGGUAGAGAUGAACCUUGACCUUGACAUUUAAGUUGGGCGUUAACCUGAGGAAUGUAACAUUUGGAAGAGGGCACCAUUUUCCAGCUACCUAGGGUACACUUUCAGAUAUUUCUUUUCCUGGAUUUUGAAGCACUUAAGCAUUUGGUGUGGUUACGAUCUGUUUGUAAUAUUAAUCAUUGACUAUUGUUCUGCAACUUGGAUGUUGAUAGUGAAGCAAAGAACAACUUAUCAUUGUUUAUUAUGAGUCACUAUGCACGCAACUAUGCUAAAAAAACAUGGCAAAAAUGUAUUCAAUGCUAGUCCACCUCUAUUUAUGAAAGAUUUUUGCAUAAUUUAAGUUGCUUUUGUACAGUUUUCUGUAAAUAAAUUGCUUGUCAUUUUUGUCUCUGCAAAUUAAAAUAUAACAUGAUCAAA